ACGGAAGUUGAGAAGAAGCAGAUUUUGGAGGUUUAGAAACAGGAAAACUACCGGGUAUAUUUUAGCAGAAUGCAGCGAUUUUCGAAGACAUUUCUUGAUGGCCUUACACUAGUGGUGAAGAUGAACACAUAUGACUCGUCAGAUACAAACAUUUGAAGGAUACAAGAUCUAGACUUGGAGGUGGUAAAGGCUCUAAAGACCUCUUAAUUCCUAAAUGUUCAUUGAAAUAUUGUACAGUUCUUCAUAUAAGUCAGACUCACUAACAGCAGUAACGAUUGAUUAAAAGAGAGACUUUCAUGCUGUCAAAAGAAGACCGUUUGCUGCCUAGGUAUAUCACAGACAGUGCCUUCAUACCUGUAGUCUGAAGCUUCCACACCGCAAAAGAUGGCUGCAGCCCCGUACAAGGUUCGGGCUACUGUUCAACUGUCGUCAGACGUGGAGACUGAUGCCGAUCCUGUCCCUGGCUCAUUCGUGAGUGAGCAAGUCAGGCCAUCGCCUAGUAGUCAACCAACGGAUGCCAAAGAGAAGAAUGCAAGUCCCUGUACUACAAUGCUGGUCAAUGGUGAACAUGACAACAUAGCUGAACAUAGUGGGUACUAUCACAGUGACCCAACACCUGUGUCUGCAGGUGCAGUGGCAUUUGGUGGUAGCAGUAGAGAGUGGGGACAGGGAACUUCAUUCAGUACAGUUCAUCCAUCGUUACCGGAUGAACAAAAUGGUGCCAUCUCUUGUCCAGACGCUCGAGUACCUGUGCAGAUUUCAUCUCCUUCAAGUCAACAAGCUGCACGUCCGACGUGGGAAUCGAGAAAUCUGCCUGCCGGUCAUCAAGUUUCUGCAGUGAAGGAGGAAGGCAAGCCAUCUUACUUCAUUCCCACAGAGGAGGAAGACAGCGAGAGAGCAAAAUCCGCAUCCUUGCCUCCUUAUCCCAGCGAGGAAAGAGGCAGCGACAGUAGUGGUCCAGAUUUAGAGGAUGACGACGAUGUUGAAUACUACGACUACUUUCUGGUCUUCUCUGAGAAAGACAAAAAGCACGCUCACAAAAUCAUGGACCUUUUAAAGUCUCAUAAACUAAAAGGGUGCCUGCUCGAGAAGGACUUCCCAGCUGGCGUUUCCCCCUUUAAGAACAUCGCGGAUGCCAUAGAGAGGAGUACUUACACCGUUCUGGUGCUGACCGAAAACUUCACUAAGGACAGGUGGUGUGAGAAGAAGCUCCAGACAAGUCUGAUGGAGGCCAUAGAGAAUCCUGGGAAGUACAACUGCGUCAUUCCCAUCAUUCCACAUCCCGAUCUCAUGCCGAGGAAGAAAAUACCCAGCGAGCUGAGGACGGUGUCUCAGUUGGACAUGAUGAGCGACUACUUCCCCGACAAGAUCAAAAAGACCUUCAAGACAAAGGAAAGAGAAAAGAGGGAGAGGAAAAUGUCGAAGAGUAGGCGGGAGGUUACGAGAAAGCCGCUGAGGAGCGUGUGCAGUGUUCCCUCCAGUCUCAGCUCCAAAACAGACUUUGAGUCCCUUUCUGCGGGGAAGUCAUCUCAGAGUCUCAGUCAGCUUGACAGGAGGUACAGCAGCCCCGUGGAUGGAGGAAAGGGAAAGAGCACAGAGGAAAAGUCACAAACGUGCGAAGCAACAAGGCAUGCUGCAUCAAAUGUGCAAUACUUGAGAGGCAGCGCAAGAGCAUCCAUCCAGAAUAAGAAAGAUGCAGAAUCCACAAGUGGGAACAGAAGCCACAGUUCUGGUAAAGCUGGGUUUAACUCAGUGUUAGAGCAAGAAUCAGCUCGCAACCAGCAGGCACACGAGGCAGAGCCUUGUCAUCUCCUGGACAGUACUCAUCGCACACCUCAGCAGCCAUCAGCUGCACACCAACAAACAAGAGCUUUGCGAGUCCCCCCAGCAGAUAGCUACAACCCUCAAGCCGCCGUGACUCUCCCAGCAUCCAACCAGCACGAUGCAGGAAUUUCUGCUAAGGCAGAGCCACAGGCAGCAGGGGAAGUGGGAGGGUUUGUGUGGGUGGAGAGGUGUGAUAGGCCUUCAGCGAACUCUGACAGUAGUGGGGACAUCAGUUUGGCACCUGGUAUUCACAACAACGUCGGCACCAACCAAGGGAAGAGUAGCAAGGAUAGAGAUCUCGAAAAUCAGACAUCAGUGUUAUCAAAUAACAAAAUGGGGUUUCCUCCAAGUAGCCAGCCACUAACAGAUCCAUCAGUACCAGCCUCUGCUGCUGACAGUCCAUGGAGGAAGAGGGAUGGAAGUCCAGACCAGACUCCAGGAGAGACAGACAUCCCCAGGGCAGGGGAUUGCCAAACCCCAGGGGUGGGGAACAUUCCCGUCAUCACCUGUCAGCCACCAGUAGUGUUGCCUCCUCAGCCGUACCAGGUCACAAACGUCUACAACAUCUACAGUCCCAAGAACAUACAGAUCGGAAACCAGAAUGCCAUGGAGAAGGAUGACAUCGUGACAGAUGCAGGCCCCGGUUUCGACCAACAACCGGUGUACUACGUUCCACCGAUGCCCUACCCACCAAACAUGGCCGCAGCACCCACGCAUGGCGCCAGUCCCGGAGGACAGGGCCAGGAGAAGACCAGCGGCGAUAAAGCGAGGAAAAUGAACGAAGAAUACGACAUCGAUGACGAGACUGAUGUCAAAGUUCCGGUAGAACCAGAGUUUGACCUUGACGAUGAGACUCAUGUCAAGAUCCCGGUCAAACCAAGAAUGCUGAGCCCUGCUGAAAUAGCCAGGUCUGAGAGCUGCAGUUCCGCUGAUGAGGCACAGGAGGAGCCGUGUGUCAUGUCUGCACUAGCUGAAGACACAGCAGCUGAGAGCUUCAGCACAAUCGAUGGGGAAACUUGUGUCAAGGAGGUACUGCUACAGGAUCUACCGACUGGAGAUGAAGAGUCCAUGGCAUCAGGAACAUCCGUACCCAAACAGAGAAACUUUUUCUCUUUUCUCAGUAGAGGUAAAAAGAAAUAAAUUCACAUGCAUGUAGUGAAACCACAUUGAGGUUACAGGUACAUGUACACGUAUGUUUUGUACUCAGUGAAUUCGAGAGGUAAAUCACUGAAUAUACAUUGUACAAUGUAUGUUUUUAAGGGCUAUUCUGUUAGUAGCUACUCAGUUUUCUUGUCACAUAUUAUAGUUCUUUGUUUUUUUUUUUGUGUCAUUUUAUUUCUGAGAUUCUGAACAAGAUA